AUGGCCGAGAAAUCGCAGAACUUCGAUCCGAAAUACGACGACUACGAUUUCCCCACCACCUCGCCUGAGGCACGAGCUGGUCACCCCGGCCACACAACUGAAGAGCAGGAUGCAAAGAUCUUUCAGCUGCGCUCUCUCCUCGAGCAGGAGGGCUACACGGAGCGUCUAGAUACGCUGACUCUGCUGCGGUUUUUGCGCGCCCGGAAGUUUAAUGUCGAGGCCGCGAAGUUGAUGUUCGUUGAGUGUGAGAAGUGGAGGAAGGAAUUUGGCACGGACGACCUCGUGCGGACCUUUGACUAUACCGAGAAACCCCAGGUGUUUGCCUACUACCCGCAAUAUUACCACAAGACAGACAAGGAUGGCCGGCCCGUCUACAUUGAAAAACUCGGCAAAAUUGACCUCAACGCCAUGUACAAGAUCACCACGGGCGAGCGAAUGCUUCAAAACCUGGUCGUCGAGUACGAGAAACUAGCCGACCCGCGUCUCCCCUCAUGCUCCCGCAAAGCCGGAAAACUGCUUGAGACAUGCUGCACAAUCAUGGAUCUAAAAGGGGUCGGGAUUACCAGCAUCCCCUCAGUGUACGGAUACGUGAAGCAAGCCUCUGCAAUCUCGCAGAACUACUACCCCGAGCGCCUCGGAAAGCUGUAUCUGAUCAACGCACCCUGGGGUUUCAGUAGCGCUUUCAGCGCUGUCAAGAGCUUCCUUGAUCCCGUCACCGUCGACAAGAUCAAGGUGCUGGGCUCGGGCUAUCAGUCGGAGCUGUUUGCGCAAGUGCCCAAGGAGAACCUCCCCAAGGAGUUUGGCGGCACUUGCGAGUGCGAGGGUGGCUGUGCGCUUAGCGACGCUGGUCCAUGGCAAGAUCCGCAAUGGUCACGACCACCAAAGUGGGCUACUGCUACUACUCCUGCCCCUGAACAGCAGGCCGAGAGUGCAUCCGCCGCCGCCCCUGCUGACGACUCCGCUGCUAAAGAGACAGCAGCCUAA